AUGAACCGAACCAACAAUGAUUUGCCUUCAUCAAAGGCUUGGUCGUGGUACCAUAACAAGUUGUUCGAGCAAGCUUUGGCUGUGGUUCCCGAAGACGAUUCCGACCGGUGGGGAAAGAUUGCUGCCGAAGUUCCAGGGAUGUCGGCGACUGAUGCUAAAAAGUGUUACGAGGAUUUGGAGCGUGAUGUGAUGCACAUUGAGUUUGGAAGGGUCGAGUUGCCGAUCGAGUUAUCGAGUUACCAGAAUGAGUUAGAAUCAACUAGCAAAGUGGGAAGUGAGUUCGUUAGUGAAUCCAGAGCAAAGGAGAAAGUAGUCGAGAGAAGAAAAGUUGAACCUUGGACCGAAGAAGAACACAGGUUAUUUCUGGUCGGACUUCAAAGGUACGGGAAAGGUGAUUGGAAAACAAUAUCAAGAAAAGUCGUGUUUUCAAGAACACCAGCGCAAGUAGCAAGUCAUGCACAAAAGUAUUAUAUUCGAUUGAACUCGGUUCACAAGAAGACUAGGAAAAGGUCAAGCAUUCAUGACAUUACACUGGAGAAUAAUGAUAUUUCCAAUCAACAAGGCACUUCAUUUAUACACUUGGAUUAG